UCUGUGGUAGUAAGGCAGUAGUAAGGAGCCGUGAAUGCCGUGAUCAGCACGUACAAGUACGCAGCCGUCAGCCCUUUAUAUAUGUUCUGUGCGUCAGGGUGCGUCAGCCGCAGUUGGCCGCAGUUGGACAGUAGACAUCAGUAGACAUUGCCACUGCCAUCGUGACUGGUUUGACUUCGGAGUGGAAAUCGGUCGAGAUCGUGUGCAGUAAUUCAGAACUCAAAACGAAUCAUACAAAAUCUGGAAUAAGUGUCAUUUAAUCUUAUGCCAGCCAAUCGGACUUACUCGUGAUUUCUUGUAUUGCGCGAGAUUUCUUACAAGAAAUUUGUGUUUCUCUAUUUCUCACUUUCGUAAAAUCUAGGAAUCGAGUAAAAAUGCCUGUUUUUCAUACCAAAACUAUCGAGAGUAUUCUUGAACCAGUUGCUCAACAGGUAUCAAGACUUGUUAUCUUACAUGAAGAAGCUGAAGAUGGAAAUGCAAUGCCAGACUUGGGAAGGCCUGUACAGGCUGUUAGUAUGGCUGUUACUAAUCUUGUGAAAGUCGGAAAAGAAACAAUAAAUUCGUCCGAUGAUGCUUUACUUAAGCAAGAUAUGCCAACAGCAUUGCAACGUGUUGAAGGUGCUUCCCGUCUUCUGGAGGAAGCAUCAGCUAUGUUGAAAGAAGAUCCAUAUUCCGGACCUGCUAGAAAAAAGCUUAUAGAAGGUUCACGUGGUAUUUUGCAAGGCACCAGUUCCCUACUUCUCUGUUUCGAUGAAAGCGAAGUGCGAAAAAUUAUACGAGAAUGCAAACGUGUACUAGAUUAUUUGGCUGUUACCGAAGUUAUUGAGACAAUGGAAGAUUUAGUACAUUUUCUUAAGAAUUUAAGUCCAUGCCUUAGCAAAGUAUCGAGAGAAGUAAGCGCUCGUGAAAAGGAGUUGACGCAUCAAGUACAUCGGGAGAUAUUGGUGCGUUGUUUAGAGCAAGUGAAAACACUCGCUCCAAUUCUAAUUUGUUCCAUGAAAAUUUUUAUCCACAUUAUUUCACAAGGUGGGAAAGGUGCGGACGAAGCAGCAGAAAAUCGCAAUUACUUAUCUGGAAGAAUGUCUGACGAAUUGAAUGAAAUUAUUCGAGUGCUGCAAUUGACAACAUACGACGAAGAAGAAUGGGACGCUGAUCAAUUAACUGUACUGAAGAAGGCUCAAAGUGCUAUAGAAUCCAGGAUACGAGCGGCUUAUGAUUGGUUAGAUGACGGAUUGGCUUUAAGAGGUGGCGUAGGCGAAAAAAGUCUGCGUCAAAUAAUAGAACAGGCAUUACGCUUGGCGGAACAUUAUCUGUCUCCUUCACAAGCAGAACCUAUAUCCAAAUUAGCUUCCCAAACUGUCACUAUGACUGAUGCUCUUUGUGAACUACGCCAAAACGAGAAAGGCACUACACCUCAAGCGGAGGCCUUAGCACGCAGUAUUAAAGAGAAAUUGAAUGAACUCCGCGGUUUGGUAGCAUCUGCUUUGGUAGCAGCGGAUAAAUCAGGAACUGCACAAACGGCGCACACGGUAGCAGGUCGAUUAGAACAAGCGAAUAAAUGGCUUCUAAAUCCACAGCAUGAUGACAAAGGACUUGGUAAAAGGGCUAUAGCUUUAAUAAUACACGAGGGAAAGAAGGUGGCCGAGGGUUUACCGGGUAUACACAAAGCGGAAAUUUUACAAUUGUGUGAUGAAGUGGAUAACUUGUCUCAUCAGCUCGCUGACCUCUGCGCUCAUGGUCAAGGCAAUACUCCACGAGCUCAGGACAUCGCACGGCAUCUAUCUCAUAAACUUCACGAGUUAAAGAAUAGGAUACAACAGGCCGUGGUGUCUCGCGUUGUCGAGGAUUUCAUUGAUAUCACUACACCUUUAAAACAAUUUACGGAUGCUGUCUUAACUCCCGUAGGCACGCCGGGACGUGAUCAAAAUUUCAAUGACAAGACGUGCGCCCUACAGACAUUUUCAAAUAGAGCGGCGAAGACUGCGAGAAUGGUCGCUGCUGGUGGAAGUGGAGGAAACAAGAAGUUAGCUGAGGCUUUAGCUGCUAGUGCCUCCCAAGUGGAAUCUUUACUGCCGCAACUGAUCAACGCUGGACGAAUUCGUAUGACUUAUCCAGAUAGCAAAGCCGCAGACGAGCAUUUCGAAAAUUUGCGGCAGCAAUACGCGGAAACUAUGCAACGGGCACGAGCAUUGUGUGACGAGGCAACUAAUAGCGGCGAUUUUAUCAGAACAUCCGAAGAACAAAUACAGAAGCAUUCGUUUCUUUGCGAGGAAGCGAUUGCUAAAGCUCUACCGCAAAAAAUGGUUGAUAACACAGCGUCUAUCGCGCGUCUUGCGAAUCGAGUCAUACUUGUAGCGAAACAGGAAAGUGACAACAGUGAGGAUCCCAUCUUUAUACAACGAGUAAAUCACGCUACCGAUGUUCUUCAAAAUAGCGUCGCUCCAAUGGUUCAGGAUGCAAAACUGGUGGCAAUGAACAUCCAUGAUAACACUGCAAUAUCGCGAUGGAGAGAAAAUAACCGCGCAUUGUUAGCCAAUGUUGGACAAGUUCGUAAAGCUAUUGUAGUCCAGCCAGAUUUGGUGCCACCUUUGUCACAAUUACAUAUUAAUGAUGAUCAAUUACCAACCCGAUAUAAUUAUGCCAAACUUAAAGUAGAGAACCCCGAUAUUUUGUAUCAAGAUUUGGCUUCUGACAACGAGUUAGACAAAUCAAUUCAUGGCGGAGGUUAUUACGAUUAUAACACUGACGAUGAAGUAGCACCGCCUCGUCCACCUUUGCCUGGAAGCAAUAUUCCACCUCCAAGACCUCCUCCUCCCGAAACAGACGAUGAGGAAGAAAUGUUUAUGCAUGCCCCUCAACCUAAUCAACCAAUAAUGAUGGCCGCCCACGGCUUACAUCAGGAAGUACGACAGUGGUCCAGCAAAGACAAUGAAAUUAUUGCCGCAGCAAAGAAGAUGGCUAUUUUAAUGGGCAGACUAUCAGGACUAGUUAGAGGUGAAGGUGGUAACAAACGAGAUCUCAUUGCAUGCGCCAAAGCUAUUGCUGAAGCUUCCCAGGAAGUUACCCGUCUCGCCAAAGAACUUGCUAGAGAAUGUACUGAUAAACGCAUUCGAACGAAUCUUCUUCAAGUUUGUGAGCGUAUACCUACAAUUGGAACUCAAUUGAAGAUAUUAUCUACAGUGAAAGCUACUAUGCUCGGAGCGCAAGAGACACUUCCGACCUGGGAAGAGCUGAUGCUUUAUGGUACGGAGGAAGAUCAAGAAGCAACAGACAUGCUCGUUGGAAAUGCCCAGAACCUUAUGCAAAGCGUGAAAGAAACAGUACGUGCAGCGGAAUGUGCUAGCAUAAAAAUUCGUACGGCUUCCGGUAUGAAACUGCGGUGGGUACGUCGUCAACCGUGGUAUCAAUAUUAAAUAAUACAGGAAAAAUAUAUAAUUUUUUAAGAGGAGAAUAUAUACAAGAUUUUGCUUAAAUGUUUUUACACACAGCAUAUUCGUAUAUCUGUACACACACACACACACACACGCACACACGCACACACGCACACACGCGCACACACACACACACACACACAAAUUCUAAAAUGUACAGUCCUUUAUAAGUAAAUAAUAAUAAACAGCAAUAAUCCAUGUUAAUUUUUAUUAUUUAUAAUUUUCAUAGUAUUUAAUUUAUUUGUUAUCACACGAGAUAAUCUAAUCUAAUAUUUUACAAUCAACGAAUGAUUCGAUAGAGCAACAAUAAAUUACUUAAGCCGCGUUGGGUUUAAGUGCGAGAUUUUAUUAAUUAUAUUACACAGACAAAAAAUCCAAUGACAAUGUGUAUGUAAACCGCAAACGUUUUAUAGUAAGUUAUCUUCAUUGCAUAAAUAUAGUGACUGUCUUAGAUCGCUUUAUACGUCUUGAUUAGGCUAAUUUUUAUCCUCUCGCAAGUUGUAACGAAACUUCAAUAUGAAAUGAUAGUAAAGUAGAAGAAUAAUACCAAGAGAAGUCAAGUAAUAAAAUAAUGAUGUCAAGAUGUAAAUAGACCGUGACUAACCAGAAAAGAGUUAAAAGUUGCAUCGUUAAUAUUCAAUUAAUAUAUUCAACAAAAUAAAAAAUAUAAUAAAUAAAUAAAUAAAUAGGGGAGACCGAGGCAACUCGGAAGACUUUUUUUCUUUUGCGUCUCCUGAGUUCUAGAUUCAUUAAAAAAAAAAGGUGGAGGUUUGAACCUUUCCCUUUACAAUGCCAUUAUAGAUAGAAUACGGAAAUGUACUUGUUUUGAAGUACAUAUAAAAUGUCGACCAAUGCCAAAUAUUUCAAAUAAACCCGAGUCUAUGGUAAUUCGAAGUUAGUCCGAAAAUAUUCUGAAAUUUAUGUUUUAAGAUGUAAAAAAUGUGAAAAAAGCUAUUGUUAAGACUUUGUUUUAUUCAGAAAAGAAUAUAUAGUAUGAUGAAAUGUUACAUACAAUAAAAGAAUGCAAACGCACAAUAAAGAAUUUUAUUGCUUUAGCGUUUUUGGAACAAAUCGGAGACUAUUCGUAUGUCGUGUAAUUACAUCUGUUGAGUAUUAAAUUCUGUAUUUGGUACAUAAAAUGCAAAUAUGAAAGAAAAAAAUUGUCCGAACAACGAUUCGACGUUUGGUGUUUCAAAUAGCCCAGACAUCAACUGUACGCAUUAUUGCGUAUGAUCGACAAAAAAUAGAUAUUACACAGCAAAAAAUAAACACGAAAUGUUUCAAAUACAUUCAACUGGAUACGAUACAUUCAAAGUUUUUAAAAAGAAUCUUAUUUAUUUUACUUAAAUUUCGAAGAAAUGCUGGCUAUCAGAAAUUACUUCGAUUGUCGCUAAACACAUUUUUCACUAUUACGACUUCGAUAUGACGCUGUUACCAACAAAAUUUUGUUAGCAGCAUCGUUACAUUAGGACGCGUUUACAGUAUUUAAAGUAAAUUUUUAAUAUGUAUCCAUAAAAAGAAUUUCCAUUUUUCGAAUUGCCCGGUCUCCCCUAACUAAAUAAAUAAGAUAAAUAAAUAAGUAAAUAAAUAAGUAAAUAAGUAAAUACAUGAGUAAAUAAAUAAGUAAAUAAAUAAGAAAUAGAUUAAAGAACACAAAGUGCUAAACGGAAAAAAAUGAUCGAAAUAUUGAAAAUUAUUAAAUGAAAUAGUUUUUAUGAAGCCGUAAUUAAGAAGAAAUAUCCCAUUCUUACCGGUUUAAUUACAGACGCCUUAGAUUUCAUUAAGGAAACCUUUAACUCUUCAUGAUCGCCUACAGUUUACCUUGGAAAUCGAGAACAAUAAUCGCAUCAAUUUCUUGGACAUGACUAUAAUUGUCGACCAGGGGAGUAUUACUUUUGACCUGUAGAACAAAACCGACAUUCUCAGGUAGAUACCUAAAUUUUAAUUCGAGCCAGCUUCAAUGUCAUAAGAAAAAUGUUAUUAUAGGACUAGUUGAUAAAAUCUUAAGAUUAUCACAUCCGCAAUUCCAUGAAAAAAAAUUUUUGAGAUAAUUGAGAUUUUGUUAAACAACGACUAUCCUUUGUAUUUUAUUUUUUCGACUAUCAACAAAAGAAUUAAGUACCUCUCUUACAACACUUUGAGCUCAGAUAAACAAUGUUAAUGUAAGUAGUGAUAUUACAACACGACAAAAGGAAAACAAAUCCCUAUUUCACGGUCCCUUACAUUAAAGCAAUUUCUCAAAGCCUUACUCCGAUCACAAAAAAUUUAAGCUUAGCAUUUUCAAUUGCCAAUACUUUGAAAAAAUAUAUAACAACGGGGAAAGAUAUCUUACAAUUAGAACUGAUGUCUAGAAACGAUAUAGUAUAUAGAAUAAAUUGCCGUAACUGCGAGGCCAAAUACAAAGCAAUUAAAAACCAGGAUUAAGGAACACAUCUUGAAUAUUAACAAAAAGUGCGGAUCAUCUUCAGUCAUUUCUGAGCACAGGAUAAGCAUCAAUCAUGAAUUUGACUGGAAUAAAAUCGAGAUUUUAGAUAAUAAACCUUCAUAUAAAAAGAUUAAUAUCCGAGAUGAUUCACAUAAAAAGACAAAUACACGGGCUCAACAGACAAAGCGACACGGAGGCUUAUUUCCUAGAGAUCAACAAUUUAUUCCACUUACUUCUUUAUCCCCUC